AUGGAAGAGAAAAACAGCAUGCCAGCUUAUUUUAAUCCAACAGUAACUUUGUCAAAUACCAGUACUGACAACUCUAAAACAACCAAAGAAAGCUCCAAGCGCAAGAAACGUGCGAUUAAAUUACAAGUAAUGGAAGUGUUUAAAACUACACUUGGACUGCUUCAAACACGUAAACUUCGUAAAGUUGAUAUGCUAUCAGUUUUUACUCCAAAAAAUGACGAAGUUAUUAUUGCUAAAAACUCACCUUCCUUAGUCGUCAAUGACAAUAAUAAUGAAGAGGUUAAAUCAAAAAAUGCGAUUAAAACGUCGACAACAAAAUCACCAAUUAAAUCUACUACAGCAACAACAAUAAACGAUUCAGUUGCACCUGCCGUUGUUACUUCGGUCAAUCCUACUAUCGCUCGUCCAAAACUUUCACGUACGCCGACAACAGAACUUCCGCCAAACUCAGUUAUUGUUCAUGAAGACCACGUGGAAUAUCUUCUUGAACCUCUUCAUCCAUAUUUAUUACUUGGCACUCAUGAUGUAAUCACUCCACUAAGUACCGAUUCAUUCACAUGUCCUAAAUGUCAUGCCCCACAUGCCGUACAUUAUGUGCAUGAAGAUUCGGAGAAAGGUUAUUCCAAGGAUCUUUAUAUUUGUUUGGUGAAUGGUCUGAGCGGAUGUGGAUGGGAAGAUACAAAUGCGCCUGUUGAAGAGGAUACUCAUAGUCAGAUUAAAGCUUCAAUUGGGUUCAAACCUUUAAUUUUGAAUUGA